AUGAAUGAAUUUCAGUGUUUGUCACUUUUGCCGGAUUGCCUGUGGGCCACCUACCACCGGCUCUUUGAUAAAGUGGAGUUGAUGCUUCCGGAGAAAUUGAGGCCAUUGUAUAACCAUCCAGCAGGUCUCAGAACAGUUUUUUUCUGGGCUCCAAUUAUGAAAUGGGGGUUGGUGUGUGCUGGAUUAGCUGAUACGGCCAGACCCACAGAAAAACUUAGCACAGCUCAAUCCACUGUUUUGAUGGCUACAGGGUUUAUUUGGUCAAGAUACUCAAUCGUAAUUAUUCCAAAAAAUUGGAGUCUGUUUGCUGUUAAUUUCUUUGUGGGGGCAGCAGGAGCCUCUCAGCUUGUUCGCAUUUGGAGAUAUAAGCAAGAACUAAAGGCUAAAGAACACAAACAAAAGAGUUCCUGA